CGCAUGCGCGUUUUACAUGGAGGCAGUCGAAUGAGUUGUAUCAAUUGCUGAUGGUGUUUUAGGCAAAAACAUAAACCGUUUCGAUUUUGUUUUCUAAUAACAGGUCUUUUGUUGUGCAUGUUGAUCUACGGUUCAUUUGAAGUUCUGGUUUAACCAGCUAUCAUUUUCCACUGGUAGUUGACUGUUAAAUGUGUUAAGAGACUAAGAGAGUUCAGAGUUACAGAGUGAUGGAGGCUCCGCCGGUCACCGUGAUGCCCGUAACGGGUGGAACCAUAAAUAUGAUGGAGUAUCUUCUGCAAGGCAGUGUACUGGAUCAGUCUCUGGAGAGCCUCCUACAUCGACUCAGAGGUCUGUGUGAUAACAUGGAGCCUGAGAGCUUUGCUGAUCAUGAGCUGGUGUAUCUGCUGAAGGGUCAGCAGGGCAACCCGUUCAUGCUGCGUGCGCGCCGCUCGCUUCUUCACCCCACUGCCCCUUGGCAUCUGCGCUAUCUAGGUCAGCCUGAGGUGGGCGACAAAAGCCGUCAUGCCCUGGUGCGAAACUGUGUGGAUGUGGCUGCCUCGCACAGCUUACCGGACUUUCUCAAUGAGAUGGGUUUCCGCAUGGACCAUGAGUUCGUGGCCAAGGGUCAGGUGUUCCGGAAGGGUGCAAUGAAGGUGGUAGUGAGCAAACUGUUACGUGUCCUUGCGUCAGGAAACACGGAGAACACAGAGCCGAUGUCUCUGUCGUAUCUUGUUGAGCUGAGCAUACUGGCUCCUGCGGGACAGGACACCAUGUCUGAGGACAUGAGAAGCUUCGCAGAACAGCUGAAACCUCUGGUGCACCUGGAGAAAAUUGACCCUAAAAGACUCAUGUAGUGUGACUUGAUUUCAUUGGAGACUUUUGCUUGUAUUAUUAUGAUAAUGGAUAUUGUAUGCUAAUUGAUUGAUA